CAAAUCAUUUGAACAUAACAAUAAAAAAGUUCCUCUGUAGUCCAAGUUUCCAGUUGCUCCUCUGGGCACCCGUGGUGGGCAUGGAUAUGGAGGAAGCUUCAAAGGAGAAAGCAGUGGGGGACAAGUACAGGUCUUAUUUAGGGGGCGAAGGAGAUGACACCCACUGGAGACAUGGAUCUCCUCCAACCUAUGAUCUCGUCAACAAGCUCUUCGAAGAAGGAAGGACAAAGAUAUGGCCAAAAGGAUCACUGGAAGAGACGGUGCAGAACGCCAUCAAAACGUGGGAGAUGGAGUUGUCUCAUAAGACCCGGUUGGAAGACCUCAAGACCAUCAACCCAGAUAAAUUCAAGUUCGCAGUGAAUGGAAGGCAGGCGUUAUCGGGGGAGGAGACGCUGAAGCUGGGGACUUACAACGCACUGCUGCAGAGUUCCCUGCCGGAAGAUUUGCAGUACUACAAGGCUGGUUCGGAGACCUUCGAGUCGUCGCACGAGUUGUUCCGGACGACGUUCCCUCGUGGGUUCGCGUGGGAGGUGAUGGAAGUGUACUCGGGCCCUCCGGUGAUCGCGUUCAAGUACAGGCACUGGGGGUACAUGGAGGGGCCCUACAAAGGUCAUGCACCAACUGGGGAAAAGGUGGAGUUCUAUGGAACGGCUAUCCUCAAGGUAGAUGAGCAAUUGAGGGCAGAAGAGGUGGAGAUCUACUAUGAUCCAGCAGAAUUGUUCGGAGGUCUUCUCAAGGGUCCGUUGCUCGCCACCUCUGGUGAGAUUACUGCUGCUGAUUCUUCCACCGGCGGCACAACUGCAACCUCUCGAGCGUGCCCUUUUUUCAAGGGGGGGGAAUAAGAGGUCAAAUGUUCAUCCAAAAAAAAAUAAAAGGUCGGGGUGCAGCCUCCAAUAAAGUGGUACCUUCUCACGUAUGGUUAUGCAUAUGAGUUGUAAUAAAUAUUGGACAUAUCAUCUUGUUGUACCAUCGAUGAUGUUGUGAUCCUGUAUAUGUAUCUCUGUCUUAUUGUAUUGGAUAAUUUUGUUGGAGGGGAGCGAGUGAAGUGAGUGGAGCAUAGCGCAACAAGCGAUGUUAUAACUUGAACAUCCAAAGGCAUUUUAAUUAAAAUAUGAUCACAUCUACUGAGA